AUGAUGAACGGCAACAACAUUGCGUCGACGAACAGCUACUGCAAGAUGUCCCUGCCGACGACGGCGACGAUUCUACUGGAGUUCACGAGCAACGACUGGUGGCUGCGCGACAUAAAGCGGGACUACAGGUUCGUGGAGGCGAUCUUCAAGGAGGCCGGGCACCCGACGCAGAUGCGCUACCUGCGUCCGGGCAAGGAGAUGCAAGACGUGUGGAACGCGCGGCGGUCGUGCUACUUCGCGACGAUGUUCAGCCGCGGCAAGACGGAGAAGGUUUUCGGCACGGACAUCUGUGUCCCGAUUCCACGGCUGACGGAGAUCGUCGAGUACACGGAGGAGGAGUUCAGAAAGGCGGGCAAGAAGUGCCUCAUCUGCGCGCACAUCAGCGACGGCAACUUCCACACGAACAUUCCCUUCGCGGAUGCGCAGGAGUUGAAGGAGUUGCGUGUGCUGGAGACGAAGAUGAUCAAGAAGGCAAUUGCCCUCGGUGGCACCAUUGCGGGUGAGCACGGACUUGGGGUAGGUAAGGUGUGCUAUGCGGUGCAGGAGCACGGCCAGGCCCACAUCGACGUGCAGGAGGCGAUCAAGAAGGCGCUGGACACGGACAACGUGAUGAACGCCGGCUGUUUUUACCCCUCCCAGCAGCAGCUGUACCCCACGGCGCACCUGUGA